GUUUUUCUUCGUAGCUUUGUUCGUUUCCCUUCCUUUCCUUUCUCCUCCCAAUUUAUAUCUCUUUUAUCGGCCAUUGUUUUGCCCUAUGCUUCCUAUUUUCCUUCAAUUCCUGCGGUUCAGUUUUCCUUCGUUUGAUUUGAGAAUGCACAGGUGCCGAGUGGUGGAUUCAACACUUCGGGAACUCUUUUUCCCUUCCAAGUCGGGUGCCAUUUAUCAGUUGUAAAAAUUAUGAAUUCCUUGGUUCUAUGCCAUGGAUGAUUGUGCUGUUCAGUUUGGAUUUGGAAUUCUUUUGAGGAUGCUGGUAGCCCUGUGCUUAUACUGUCAUCUAAUUCCGAAGUGGGUUAGUACAGAUGGUGCCAUUCAUGCUUCAUAAACAUCAUUUCCCUUGGUUGCUCCAUUAUUAGGCGUGAUUUAUGGUGGAGAGCUGGUGAGUAUUUUUCUAAUGUUGAUGGGAUGCUUCUUCUCUAAUGUGAUUAUCAGAAAAAGACGAGAAGCAUCUUAAAUUGAAUCAUGUCUCCAGAAUUAUAUAUGGAGUUAUGGACGACAUACUUGCUCUAUUGCUGUAAGAGGAUUGCUUACACUCAUCAAUGGCUUUGAGUUGAUUGGAUGCCUUCACUUCACUUCACAGGGGAAGGAGUGGUGGAUGGGAGCAUCGCAUUUCCAAAUGGAGUUGGCUAACAUAGCAAAGUGCUUAUUGUUGGGUGUUGUGAUUCUGUGGAUUCAAAUCCAUGGAAACAAAGGUUGCUUUGAAGAAGAGAGAUUGGCUCUCUUAGAUUUCAAGGCAUUUGUUGGAUCAAAUGGGUUUGACGCAGACUAUAUUCUUCCUUCAUGGAUUGAUGAUCCAACCAGCAAUUGUUGUCAAUGGGAGCGUGUCAUGUGCAACUCAACUACAGGUCACGUGAUUGAACUCUCGCUCAACAAUACACAACAAUAUGAUAUGGAGAGUUUUAGGGAGAGUUAUUCAUUUUAUCAUGAUGAAAAUAUUUGGUAUGUAAACUUGUCGAUGUUUCAGCAACUGAAAGAACUCAAAACUCUUAAUUUAUCCUACAAUCAUUUUUAUUGUUCCAUUGAUGACCAAGGUUGUGAAAGAUUAUCAAAACUGAAGAAGCUUGAAGUUUUAGACCUGACUUCGAAUAGAUUCAAUAAUAUCAUUUUAUCAUCGUUGGGGGCUCUUAUAUCAUUGAAGACUUUGAUUCUUAGCGACAAUAGAAUGGAAGGUUCUUUUCCUAUACAAGGCUUUCAAAGAUUAGAGGAGUUGGACAUUAGUGGGAAUAGUUUCAAUAAUAGCAUCUUAUUAUCAUUGGCCGCUCGUCCAUCACUCAACACUUUGAUUCUCGCUUACAAUUACAUGGAAGGUUCAUUUCCUAAUCAAGGUUUUGAAAGAUUGGAGAAGUUAGACAUUAGUGGGAAUAGAUUCAAUAAAAGCAUAUUAUCAUCAUUGGGAGCUCUUACAUCACUCAACACUUUAAUUCUUAGGGAGAUGUAUGAUAUGAAUGGUUCAUUUCCUAUCCAAGGUAUGUUUGAUUAAUCUUGGAUUUGUUUUCCUUACAUUCAUUAUAUUACAACAUUCUAUUUCAUUCUACCACAAUAUUCUGCAGAAUUAAAGAAUUUGAAAAAUUUAACAUUCUUGGAUAUAAGUGUUAAUAAUUUCAAU